ACGGCAGCGCCAUAAAUGCCGGUGGUUAGUGUCGCGUUGGAAGAUCGUAAAUAAGCUGCUGGGAGGGAAAAUUGCAGUAAAAAAUGGUUUAAAGUGGGACUGUCUGGUUUUGUACUGCACUUGGGAUCAGAAGGUUGCUGGUUCAAAUCCCCGGGUUGGCAGAGUGAGCAAAGUCACCAAUUGCUUCAGUGAUUGUCUGACUCUUUCUCAAAAUAUGUAUGUUGCUAAAUAGAUAGAGAAAAGCAUCUGCUAGCUAACACAUUUUAUUUUGCUUCAGGAUGAGUGAGUGGGGCAGUCGAGGCCUACUGGGCCUUCACCAUUUCUUUGUUGGUGCCUUGCGGUUUAGAACGUGCGGUUGUCCUACAGGGCUGUGAUCGCCCUGGUGGGUGGGUGUUGCAGACUGUAUUUACGGAGGAGACAGGUUGAUCAUAGCUAAACUGGGCUGAUUGCUGUUUGGGAUGUGAAUCGGGAGCGAACUGUCAUGCAUGGAGAAGCUGCAGGUCCCUGAUCCCUGGAUGACCCCCCCAACCCACCGACACGGCCGCUCCCUUUCCCACUCUUCCAACUCUUCCCGUUCACACACUUAUCCUGCCUGCAACACCCCAUGGCGAGGGUGUGUUGGCUCUAGCAAAGCUCAGGUCUCCUCAUAUCACAGACGGAUAUCUGCUGCUGGCUGGGAGGGUUCGGCGGUGGGGUCAUUCAGCCAGACAGUUGAUAGUGGCGGGAACGUCGAGAGGGUGGGCCAGGCAGAUUGCUGGUGGGUGGUGAGUCGCCCGUCCAUGAUGUUGCCCGGAUUCUGAAAACUGAGGUCCAGCUAGGUUGGUUCAUUUUUCCUCAGAUAUUUGUACCGCUCCCAGAUGAGACUCCAGGUUUGUAUGGAAAUGCCAGGCCCCUGCGCGGUAACCCCCACAGCUCUGUAACACAGGCGUUAUCAUUUCGGGAAGGGUGAGCGUGGUGAUUGGCACCUGGCAGUCGGGUGUGGUCUGCUCCUAAUCGCACUGAAGAUACAUCUGCAGCGUUUGUUCCUGACCAGUAUGAGAGGGGCGGCUCACCGAGAUGCACGGCGUGCCUCUCGAUCUAUCCCACUGCGGUUCCUCCGUUGAUGUGUUCAUCAUCGGAUGUCUGCCAGUCGCAGCUCACAUGCCCCCACCCCCCGACACAGAGAGAGCAGAGCGUGCUCAUCGGUAAGGCUCUGGAGGAUUUUAAUUUCUCCCCCCGUGUGAGUCAGAGCUGCCGUUUUGACAGAGAGGGGGCUUGCUGACAGAAUACCGCCAUACGCAUGCUUCCCCCGCUGUGAAAGCGACGGGUUGCUUAUCGAGGAUGCCAGUCAUGUCUGGGAUGUGGUUUUAAGGCUGUCGAUAAAGGUCUGUUUUUUUUUUCAGAAGGAAAAGAUCCCUUAAUGGCUGCGAUUUAUUUAGCUCUAGGGUGGCCUGGCGUUCUCUGAUUUCAGCAGCAUCCUUCCUGCGAUACUGCAGUCUGUCUUUUUUUUUUUUUUUUAAGUAUCAUGGUGGCAUGGUAGGGACAGGCCUCUGGGGGUGUGAAAGCCUUCAUCUCUGUCUCAUGGACGCCCAAGAAGUUUCAUCCAACUGGAUGUGAAGACCCCAGAGUGCAGUACCACAAGUGCAGAGGACUUCUGUCAGAACACAGAAGAUGCUUCUUGGUGAUGAUGGGCAUCGUCUGGUGUUGAAUCAAUGGAUUACAUUGACUUGAGGGAAGAGGAGCUCCAGCAGCCAGACCCUAUCCUCCACCCACACCAUGGAGGCCUGUGUCCCUGAGGAGCACUUCCAGGCCCUGAGCCACGCCGAGCAAGCCUUCAGUAAGAUGGAGAGCUACCUGAGGUGCAAGCAGCUGUGCGACGUGGUGCUCCUGGCCGGCGAGCGCCGCAUCGCUGCCCACAGACUCGUCCUCUCCUCAGUGUCUGACUACUUCGCCGCCAUGUUCACCAGCAAUGUCCGAGAGGCCACACAGGAGGAGGUCAAGAUGGAGGGCGUGGACCCUGAUGCAUUGUGGGCUUUGGUGCAGUACGCGUACACAGGUCGGCUGCAGUUGCGGGAGGACACCAUCGAGAGCCUGCUGGCCGCGUCCUGCCUGCUGCAGCUCUCCACCGUCGUACAGGCCUGCUGCAACUUCCUGGUCAAGCAGCUGCAUCCCUCCAACUGCCUGGGCAUCCGCUCCUUCGCCGACGCACAGGGCUGCCAGGAGCUGCACAAGGUGGCACACAGCUACACCAUGGAGCACUUCCUGGAGGUGAUGAGGAACCAGGAGUUCCAGCUGCUGCCCCCCGGGGAGGUGGAGAAGCUGCUGUUGUCAGACGACAUGAACGUGCCAGACGAGGAAACUGCGAUGGGGGCGUUGCUGAGCUGGGUGCAAUAUGACUGCGCGGCCCGGCAGUGCUACCUGCCCCGGCUGCUGGCGCAUGUACGGCUGCCCCUGCUGACGCCGCAGAGCCGUCCUGCUGGCCCGCAGUUCCUGGCCGACGUGGAGUCCAGCCCCCUGCUGAGGGACAGCGUGGAUUGCCAGCACCUCCUCAUGGAGGCCAUGAAGUACCACUUGCUUCCCGAGCGGCGUUCGCUGCUGCAGAGCCCGCGCACACGGCCCCGCAAGGCCACUGUGGGGGCGCUGUUCGCCGUGGGCGGCAUGGACGCCACCAAAGGUGCCACCAGCAUCGAGCAGUACUGCCUGCGUAAGGACUCCUGGAGGCAGGUGGCGGUGAUGAGCGGCCGGCGGCUGCAGUUUGGGGUGGCCGUGCUCGAGGGCCGGCUUUACGUGGUGGGGGGGCGCGACGGCCUCAAGACGCUCAACACGGUGGAGUGCUACAACCCACAGAGCCGCAGCUGGAGCGUGAUGCCCCCCAUGUCCACGCACAGGCACGGCUUGGGUGUCGCCGUCCUGGGGGGCCCGAUGUAUGCGGUGGGGGGUCACGAUGGCUGGAGCUACCUGAGCACGGUGGAGCGCUGGGAUCCCCAGGCUCGGCAGUGGAGCUUCGUGGCCAGCAUGGCAACGCCGCGGAGUACGGUGGGCGUAGCUGUACUUGGCAGCAAGCUGUACGCGGUGGGCGGUCGCGACGGCAGCUCCUGCCUCCGCUCUGUGGAGUGCUUCGACCCCCACACCAAUAAGUGGAGCAUCUGCGGCCAGAUGGCCAAGCGGCGUGGAGGAGUGGGCGUGGCCACCUGGAACAACUUCUUGUAUGCCAUCGGAGGCCACGACGCCCCCGCCUCCAGCCUGACCUCGCGCCUGUCGGACUGCGUGGAGAGGUACGACCCCAAGACAGACACGUGGACCACCGUGGCCCCCAUGAGUGUCAGCCGGGAUGCUGUCGGCGUGUGUCUGCUGGGGGACCGUCUGUAUGCCGUGGGGGGGUACGACGGGCAGGUCUACCUGAACACGGUCGAGGCCUAUGACCCGCAGACCAACCAGUGGGAGCAGGUGGCGCCGUUAUGCGUUGGCAGGGCAGGAGCCUGUGUGGUGGUGGUCAAGCUAUAGCGGCUGAUGGAAUUCAACAGUGAGACGCAGCAACGGCCCCACACGUCCUGCUGGGUGGGUGAGAGCUGCGAGGGAUUUUUUAGUUUUUUUUCCGCAGACCUGGAGGUCAUGUUAGGUCACGUUGACGAUGAUGCACCCAUGUUCUCAGCGGGGUGUCUGUCCACCUGCAGGUGUCCCGAAUGUAAUCAGCUGCCUAGGAAUGACUGACUUGCUGCUCUCUGAUUGGACCAAUGCCGGCCAGGGCCCUGAGACGAAGCUGGGCAGUCGCUCCUGGAGGAGUCACGGGGGGGGGGGCCUAUUUUUGUUCGUUCCUCUGAUGCCCUUUUCAGCUUUGAAGCGGAGGAGACAGGAAAUGGAUAUCGGCGGCUUGUCACCUUGUCAGAAAGUACUGGGAUGAUAUUUCCAUUGAGUUCCUGAUGUGUGUGUGUGUGUGUACCUAGCAGACAGGAAAUAGAGCACCUUGUUAGAACACGAAUAAUAGCACACCCCCCCCCCUCCCCCGCAGGUUCGGGCACGUAUACCAAAGCAUGCACCCUCUCAGCGUAAACAAAGGAUCGUUCUAACAAAGAAUUACUAUCCCCAUUCACCUUCAGGCUGCCUGAAAUAUGUCUGCGUAUCCAUAGGGACAAGGGACCAAGUUAGAAAACAAGCACUUAGGCGCUUCAGUUCUGCUUGCAGUAAAAGCCACUUAGCAAUAAACCCCCAGCGAGACCUCAUGUACACAUUGUCAAUAACUCAGGGCGAAGGGCCUGCUUAACUGAGUGCAUACUAGCUUCCAGCUGGACAAGGGCAUUUACAGUCUCAGUAUAUCUGUCUUAACACACGGCGCAUUCUCUGGCAUCCGCUGUUAGGGAUUUACGCGGCGAUCCGCAGCUCGUACUUCCAGAGACACGGCCCAAGUGACUGCUGUGGUGGUGACUGUUGCUUUUCUGCGGAAAUUGUAUGUUUCGACCUCUUUGUUGUUCUGCUUAAAUAUCAGAACAGAUCUGAGCCCAAAAAACAGUCAAGGUGUAAUGGCUCGGGUAGUCUGUUCCCCCGAGCUGAACUGGUCAUCACUGACUGUACCUCACCGCGAUCUUCAUUAGAGCCUUUAAGCACGGCCUUUUGACUGAGGUGGUGUGGAAAACAGUGGACGAUUUCCUCGUAAUUGUAAAGAAGAGGGAUACAUUGAGGCCCUCAGGGGACCUUAAGAUGACGGCGGUGUCUGUCACCCCCUACGUGCUCGGGGUACGCGGCACCAACGAUUUCUGCCACUGCAGCUGUCAUGGCUUCUGCGGGAUACGUGUUAAAUAAUACAGCUAUUGUCACUUCUCCUGUCUCCGGCUAUUUUUAUACCAAAAAAAAUGACAGUAUAUGAGCAUUUGGGGAGGGGGAUAUGGAUGCAGAUGUCAGUGCUGAUGUCAUCACACUGCUGCCGCAUCUGUCUGCUGCAAUCAGAAUCCGCUGGCUGACGUGAAAGGUACCGUAGUGAUGAUUUAUAGAUGGUAAUGUUACGUUAACUCUAAUCCUAGCAUUUAGGACCUAUGUUGUUUCCUUUUUGUUCAUGUGGCCCGUGAAUGAGCGUGUAAGUGGUCUUUGCUGGUGUUGCACCCCUUGCAGCUCUCGACUGUGCUAAAGCCUGUGUGCAGUGAUUUCCCCCUGCUGGCCCCACCAGGGAAAUGCAUCUCUGCCAGCUGAUAUGUGGUCUAAGAGGAGCUGUAGAAUCCAACAUGCUUGUUUGUCAAGGAACAGUUGAAAACAUCUGGAUUUCAUCCCAUAGCUCUGGGCUUUCAGGAGGUCCACACCCGUCCUGGGAUUGACGCUCCGGUGCUCUGACUAGGGCGGAGCUGGGCAUCCCACAACAGGAGGGACGUCCCCCCCCCCCCGCGGUUGUGAUUCACAUCACAUCCCAACAUUGACUGAGCACCAGGAUCAGCUGGCUUGGUCAGUAUAUAUAGGAGAUGAGGUGUUUAAUCUAUACAUUUCUGUUUUCUUUGUGAGAUGAAGGUGCUCAUCCCCUGGAAACAAAUGUGUGCAAUUUGCUUGACAAAUGUCUGAACAUUCCUUGUUUUCUUUUCCUUGUUAUUUUUAUAUUAAACUUGCUUAAGUAUC